GCGUGCCCGUUCCUGACCAUCCCAGCGCACAACUUCUUCUCCUGCCUGCCCUCCCAAGCUUGCGAGCUUGUCCGGCUUAGCUUGUAGCAGCGCUACCUAGCUAGUAAGAUGGCAUCCGCCAUGAUCGCCACGAAGGUGGCCUCACUUGCUGCCGCACUGAUCUUCUCCCUCCUUGUCUCGUACGGCUCGUGCGCUAGGCCGCCGCCGGUGAACCUUAACGCCUCCGCCUUCACCGCCGACCCCAACUGGGAGGCCGCCAGGGCCACCUGGUACGGCGCGCCCACCGGCGCCGGACCAUACGACGACGGUGGCGCCUGUGGAUUCAAGAACGUGAACCUGCCGCCGUUCUCGUCCAUGACGUCCUGCGGCAACCAGCCCCUGUUCAAGGACGGCAAGGGCUGCGGCUCCUGCUACCAGAUACGAUGCACCAAACACGCUGCCUGUUCCGGCAACGCGGAGACGGUGAUCAUCACCGACAUGAACUACUACCCGGUGGCCAAGUACCACUUCGACCUCAGCGGCACGGCCUUCGGUGCCAUGGCCAAGCCCGGCCGCAACGAAGAGCUCCGCCACGCCGGCAUCAUCGACAUCCAGUUCAAGAGGGUGCCCUGCAACUACCCCGGGCAGAAGGUGACCUUCCACGUCGAGGAGGGCUCCAACCCCAUGUACCUGGCGGUGCUCGUCGAGUUCGAGGACGGCGACGGCGACGUGGUGCAGGUGGAUCUGAUGGAGGCCAACUCGAGGUCUUGGGCGCCGAUGCGCGAGUCCUGGGGAUCCAUCUGGAGGAUGGACUCCAACCACCGGCUGCAGGCGCCCUUCUCGCUGCGCGUCACCAACGAGUCCGGCAGGAAGCUGGUGGCCAGCCGGGUCAUCCCGGCUAACUGGGCGCCCAAUAACUACUACCGCUCCAUCAUCCAGUAUUAGCCCUGCUACUGCGUGCAUGCGCUCUGUAAUUCCGGCGUCAUUGGCCGGCUUAAUUGUAUAUCAUCGCUGCGUUUACUAGGUAGCACUCCAGUAAUUAAGUGAGGCGCCGGAAGCCCGGCAAUGCCGCCCGUAGGUGUUGUGUUUCAGCAAGUGUUGGCAGAGUAGGAGAUGAGGAGGCCAGUUUGGAUGUGCUUUCUCGCCCAGUGCCAAUGUAUUUUUCAAUGUGAUCAAGACUAUAAUUGGAAACUGGUUCUGUGUGGCAUUCAGAACGGACACGCUUCGCCA